GGGGACUCCCCCGUACUGUUCCCUCGACUCCGCCUCGAGGCUUCGACAUUCGCACGCCACGCCCCCUCCUCUUCCCUCUUGCGCUCUCCCCCGAACCUUCUCGAGCCGCUCCCAUGGCCGACGCCAAGGCCGAGGCGGCAGCGGGGCCGGCGCCGGCGCCGCAGUCCUCGCAGGAGGAGGAGGAGGACUGGAAGGAGGCGGAGGGUGACGUGGAGGUCGAGGACAGGGCCACCAGCAAUGGCGGCGGCGAGGAGGCGGACAGGCCGAUCCGGGUCUACGCCGACGGCAUCUACGACCUCUUCCACUUCGGCCACGCGCGGUCGCUCGAGCAGGCCAAGAAGUCGUUUCCUAAUGCAUAUCUUCUCGUUGGAUGCUGCAACGAUGAGUUGACUCAUAAGUACAAAGGAAGAACUGUUAUGACUGCAGAGGAGAGAUAUGAAUCACUUCGCCACUGCAAGUGGGUUGAUGAAGUCAUUCCUGAUGCCCCAUGGGUGGUUACAAAAGAGUUCUUGGAUAAGCAUAACAUCGAUUUUGUUGCACAUGAUUCUUUGCCGUAUGCUGAUGCUAGUGGAUCUGCUUAUGAUGUCUAUGACUUUGUUAAAAAACUUGGUAAAUUUAAGGAGACCAAGCGUACAGAAGGGAUAUCAACAUCAGAUAUUAUAAUGCGUAUUAUUAAGGAUUAUAAUGAGUAUGUUAUGCGGAAUCUAGCCAGGGGGUACAGCAGAAAUGAUCUUGGUGUCAGUUAUGUGAAGGAAAAACGACUAAGAGUUAACAUGGGAUUGAAAACGCUGCGUGACAAAGUGAAGCAGCACCAAGAAAAAGUAGGAGAAAAGUGGAGUACAGUGGCAAAACUCCAGGAAGAGUGGGUUGAAAACGCAGAUCGCUGGGUUGUUGGUUUUCUAGAGAAAUUUGAGGAAGGUUGCCAUUCAAUGGGAACUGCCAUCAAGGAAAGAAUCCAAGAAAGGCUCAAGUCACAAUCAUCUAAAGACUUCAGCCUUCUACAGUACGACAGCGACGAUGACGAUGCUUAUGAAGAAUAUGAAGAAGAUGCCGAAGAUGCGAAAGAAUAGCGCCGUCGUAGAACAUAUGUCAAAGUAUAAUACGGGCAUGCAAUGCAUGUUACAACCACCAUCAAUCCAUCCUUCAUCAUGUGUUUGUCUAUUUUAUUGUGAACUUUACUGUCAAGGUAGAUCUGUGUGCUGUGUUGGUAGCUGUACCUGAUAUUUGUCUAGGCAGCGAGGUACGCCCUGUAAAAUUCGUACUGGAAGACCUGGAUCUGUUUUUUAGCGGAUACAGUUCUCGUUUCGUUCUUAAAAGAUCCGUUCAGUUGUAUC